GGUUACUAAGUCAUCUUUCUCUUUUAUUACCUUGGUAAGAUGACUGCUCGACUGAAGAAAACAAGAAAGCUUCGAGGACAUGUAAGCCACGGUCAUGGACGUGUUGGUAAACAUAGAAAACAUCCUGGUGGUCGAGGUAAUGCUGGUGGUCUGACACAUCACCGAAUCAACUUUGAUAAAUACCAUCCUGGUUAUUUUGGAAAAGUUGGAAUGAGAUAUUUUCACUUGACCAGAAAUAAGUAUCAUUGUCCGACAAUAAACUUGGAUAAACUAUGGUCUUUAGUGAGCGAACAAACAAGAGAGAAUUAUAAAAAGAAAACAGAUGGCCCUGCCCCAGUGAUUGAUGUAGUCAGAGCUGGCUACUACAAAGUACUUGGUAAGGGCUUGCUCCCGAAACAACCAGUCAUUGUAAAAGCAAAGUUCUUCAGCCGCACAGCAGAGGAGAAGAUUAAGAAAGUUGGCGGGGCCUGUGUGCUUGUUGCAUAGCUCUAAUAAAUAAUCAUUUGAAUAUU